AUGGCUCCUACCCGUCGCGUCGCCAUCAUCCAGUGGCACAUCAAGGACCUCGCCAUUGAAGAGAACCAUGCAGCUGCAUGCAAGUAUAUUCGGGACGCCGCAUCCCAAGGCGCAGAACUAGCCGUUCUUCCAGAAUACCACCUGAGCGGCUUCAUCCCCUCCGACCCACGCUGGGCCAUCCAAGCCGAGGACUCUGCAAAAUACCUAGCCGCGUAUCAAGCACUCGCCAGAGAGCUGGGGAUGAGUCUUGUUCCCGGAACAAUCAUCGAGAAGGAACAAAGCGCAACAGGGGACCGAUUUUGGAACACGGCGUACUUCAUUUCGAGCGACGGGUCUAUUCUCGGCUCAUAUCGCAAGAAGAAUAUUUGGCAUCCGGAGCGGCCGACCUUGGCUUCCUCGGGACUGGAUGCGCAUGUUGCAUUCGAUACGCCGAUUGGCCGUGUGGGAAUGCUAAUCUGUUGGGAUCUGGCGUUCCCGGAGGCAUUUCGGGAGUUGAUUGCUGAUGGGGCGGAGAUUGUGAUUAUUCCGACUUAUUGGACGCCGCAUGAUGCGUCGGUUGAGGCGCGGGCGUUUAAUGCGAAUGUCGAGGCUUUGUUUCUGGAGUCGACGUUGACGGCGCGCUGUUUUGAGAAUACUUGUGCGGUUAUCUUUGCGAAUGCUGCCGGGCCCUCGGAGGAUUUCCUGGGCUUGUCGCAGGUGACGAUGCCGCUUGUGGGACCGGUGGUGAAGAUGGGGAAUGAAGAGGGUGUCAAGGUGGUGAAUAUGGAUUUGGGGAUUUUGGAUGUGGCCGAGAGGAAUUAUAAGGUGCGGCAGGAUUUGAAGAAGGAGGAUUGGCAUUAUACGUAUCGACACUGUGUUGGUAAAUAA